AUGACAUCAUAUACUGAUAAUAUGAGUAAUCAACUAUUAAUAUCAAUACGUUUUCUUAUUCAAUCAACAAAUCUUUCUUAUAUCCUUUCUGAUUCAGUGAUAGUUUAUACUUCAUAUAUUCCAAUUGAAAAUAUAAAGAUAAUUACACAUAUUAUUUCUUCAUUACAAUUGGAUAAUCCAACAAAUAUCAUAGAAACAAAUGAAUCAAUACAAGUUAGUUAUUUUUCAACAGCAAAAAGUAAUUAUUUUGCUACACUUGAUGAAACAAAUACACAGAUUUCAGCAAGUCAAAAUGAUGGACCAGUUCCACUUGCAGGUGCUAUUACAAUGUAUCCUGAAUUAAUACGAACAAUUGAACGACAAACGCAAUCUUCUAACAGUUCUAACGCACUUAACAUCACAAUCAAUCAGAUCAUUUUACAAUUUUGGUAUAGAAAACAAUUAAGAUAA